GUCUUCCUGUUCGUGAGUGUGGUCACAGGGCAUUUCACGGAGUCCGCAAUCAUAGGUCGGGUCGUGCUCGUGCGUUUCACGGUCUUAGUGAUCAUGAGCGCGAUCACAGUGCAUGUUUCGGAGUCCGCAAUCAUAGGUCGAGUCGUGUUUGUGAAUUUCACGGUGUUCGUGGUCAUGAGCGUGGUCACGGUGGGUUUCACGGGGUCCGCAAUCAUAGGCCGGGUCGUGCUCGUGAAUGUCACGGCUUUCUGA